AGUGAACUUAUUUAGGUUGUAGCGGCAAACUUUUGAGAUCAUUAUUAUCUUAUUCUGGGAGGGAUUGGGAUUUCUGAUAUUUGAUGAAAACUUGUCAAACAAUAUGGAAUAUGGAAUUAGUUUCUAGGAAGUUCUGUAUAACAUAUUGUGUUAUUACAUUGGUAUUUCUGAGUGGAGUUAUUGGUCAGCGUGUACCGGAUGGACCUGCAGGUUGGGAGAAUUCAUAUGACUUUUAAGCCUUGAUAAAAACUGCGCCAGUAAUUACUCAGGAGGUUCGGAAUCUGGCCGUAGCUGAGGAACUUGUGGUCAGUUUUGUCUGUAAAGCCUCUGGAAAUCCACAACGUAGGUUUUACUGGGAAAGAGACGGGAAAAGGGUGAACAGGGGGAGAAGAAUCAAAAUAUUUGACAUGCCGUUUGGUGACGUUUUGAGGAUUGAGAUGGUUCGGAAUAAGGACAGUGAUAGUACCUUUACCUGUGUGGCGGAGAAUGGAGUGGGGGAUCCAGCCAGAAGUACGGGGAGUCUAAAGGUUUACCGCAUUGACAGAGAAGGAAUUGAAAUUCCACUGGGAUAUCCUAAAAUUGUUGUAAAUCCUGAUUUAAAAUCUGUGGAGAAAGAAAAACCAGCCAUCAUGGAGUGUCAAGCGGAUGCUGAUUGACACAAGUUUGACAUCAAGUGGUUCAAAAAUUGCAUCCAUUUAGACGUGGGUGACAACAAAA